AUGGCUUCGAAGGGCGCUCUUUCGCACGCAGGUUUGGGUGACACACAGAGCGCUAGAACUGCAACAGAUCAGCUUACUCAGCCAUCAAAUUCCAAUAUGAGUUCGCUUCAUGACUCCCCGGAUUCGUUGCAACGACUUCUGUCGCUAGUGCGUGCUCUCACUCCCAAAGACAUUGGCUUCGACAUCCGCUGGGUGACUGAUGUGGGCGUCUACGCCGCCCCAGUGGCUUACGUUCAUGUGACAGAAAAUGAAGUAUUUUCAAUGGGCAUUUUUAUCCUACGUCCUGGCUCGCGAAUACCGCUGCAUGAUCAUCCCGGCAUGUAUGGCGUUUUGCGAGUCAUUUAUGGUUCUAUUCGUUGCCGAAGUUUCAGCCGAUUGCAAAACGUUAAAGCUAUCAAUUCGGACUGCACUAAAUCCGCCUUCGCCAAACUCUACGAUUCCCGAUGGCAGUUGUCCGAUUUGAUUAUGGUCCGCCCUUUCCAAGACGUGAUCCUCACCCCCGAAAGCCAAACGCAGCUGCUUGCACCUGACGAGGGAAACUUGCACGAAAUAACUCCCGUGGAUGGUCCGGCUGUUUUUCUGGAUAUUCUGGCGCCCCCUUACGACCAUGAUUUGGGCACAAGAGAGUGUAGAUUCUACAAAGAAAUUGUCCUACCGCAUCAGAUUUACGCAAAUACUUCAUUCAACGGGGACACAUCUCAGACCCACACGACUCCUCAUGCCUACUCGGACGACUCGGCGUCCACAACGACUACUGAGGUUUUUGAUUCUGACGAUCAGCAGUGCAUUGACAAUGACGGUUCGCGAUCACCUCUCAUCUAUCUGAUAGAGACUAACCAGCCGAAAGAUUACUGGUGUGAGGCUGCUGAAUAUGCGGGGCCAAGCGUCGUUUGA